AUGUCAAAUCCAAUGGGUAGCUUAUCAGAAGGCACAGUGUAUGGAUCCCGGAUUGGGAUGACAGAGGACUCCCUCGCCUCCCUGGAGAGAAACAGGGGCUCUGGAGAACCCUGGGAAUUGGGGGAGAUGAAAUCAAGUGUGGAAGCCCUGGAGCGUGGCAUACCAGGCCUCUACCUCUCCUGCUUCGACAUGCUCCUCACUGAGGACGCCACCUGGCUGGUGAAGGUUUCAGAGGCCUCCCCAGCGCUGGCUGUACCCAUGACUCGCAUGGAGUCCCAGGAGGAACCAGAGCAGUGCCCCGUCAUUGAUAGCCAGGAACAGGGACUCUCUCCUGGGAUGGCGGGGCAGGAGGAAGAGCGGUCUCUGGAGCAGGUGCAGAGCAUGGUGGUGGGAGAAGUGCUGAAGGACAUUGAAACAGCCUGCAAACUGCUCAAUAUCACCCCAGACCCUAUUGAGUGGAACACAGGGAAUGUCCAGAAGUGGCUGCUGUGGACUGAACAUCUGUACAGGUUGCCCCACGCGGGAAAGGAAUUCCAGGAGCUGACAGGAAAGGACCUGUGUGCCAUGAGUGAGGAGGAGUUUCACCAGCGCUCACCGCAGUGUGGAGACACACUGCAUGCACAUCUGGACAUAUGGAAGUCAGCUGCCUGGAUGAAAGAGAGGUGUUCAGUUGGAGAUACAAAAACUACAGUUGGCGAGGAACUUUGGUCCGAGGCAGAUUCAUCUUGUUCAGGUCAGCCCAUUCAUCUGUGGCAGUUCCUUAGAGAACUACUUCUUAAACCUCACAGCUACGGACGCUGCAUCCGCUGGCUCAAUAAAGAAAAAGGUAUUUUUAAAAUCGAAGAUUCUGCUCAUGUUGCAAGACUGUGGGGACUCAGAAAGAAUCGACCUGCAAUGAACUAUGACAAGCUGAGCCGGUCCAUUCGUCAAUACUACAAGAAGGGCAUCAUCCGUAAGCCUGACGUGUCUCAGAGACUGGUGUACCAGUUUGUUCACCCAGUAUGAGGCAGCAGCAUAGUGGGAAGAGUAGGCGGCGGAGAUGGAAACCUUCAAAACUAAAAGGACACAUUAUCUCCCCAUGGACUUGAACACCUAAGCCUGAGAUGAAAAAGGUCACAUGGAUCAUGUGCACUGACCGACUCCAAUGGUACACACUUCCAGCAGGUAGCUGCUGCAUGAAGGCUUAUCAAAUCUUGGGCCACGAGCAAGAGACAAAACAAUGUGGCUGUUGGGGCUUUUUGAAUGAAACAACCACAUAUUAAAAAAAACAGGACAAAAAAAAACAACAAAUACACUGCCUUGUCAUUUGCA